UGGGCUAUGAACGACACGCCGUGAUUGUCAAACUUCAAGUUAGCCCGACUGCUGGUGCCCCUAACCAUGCAUUACAGUGCCUAUGUAAGAAGCCUGGAUGUAUAUGUUUGUUAUGAAAGCGCCCGAAUAUAAUACCUUCCUCCAGUUAGGAUUGGGACAAGCGUUUGCUUUCAGUUUCCCCAUAGGCCUUGCCUACGCUUAGCGGCCAGGAACCCCAUAGUUUAGAUCGCGAAUUCAAAACUCUUUCAGGGAAUAACGGCUGUUGCGGUCGCUCCUGCGAAUGUCGUCGCUUCAUGGUACCAGGACAAGCUUCGACCCGCUCUCGGUGGGCGGAGAUGACCGGGAUGAGGCCUUUACAACCGUCUUUGAUUCCGGUUCCCAACCAGCUGUCCCACCCGCUGCUGUAACAGCUCGCCGUGAUGCUAAUCCUGUCAGCAGCAGCAGCCCCUCGCAUCCAAAGCCAGCGGCCACCGUUUCAGCAUCACCAACCGCCAGCUACACAGCCGCCGGCAGCGCACCUCUCACCUCCUCUGCUUUUCCGUACGACAGCUUCUUGUCGGCAAACAGCGGUCAUAUGUCGUACAUGACUGCGUCACAUGGCUCAGCAGCUGCUGCCGUACCAGAUACCACCGCUCCUCCUCCUUUUUCUUCCCCUUCUCCUCCAUCUACGGUGACGGGCCCAUUAACUCGGAUGAUGCCUCAUCGGCCUUCGGGUAGCAGCGGCGACAGCGGCAGUGGCGGUGUUCCCAUGGGCGCGGCGUACGGCAGCAGCAACCCUUUCGGAUCCAGCGACGUGGGAAGCGCAGGGGAAUUUCGGCAACAACCCCUGAAGCCUUCUGCUGCGGAUGUAAAGGCGGUGUCUGCAGUGAACAGCCGCAAUCCCUUCACCGCCACCGCUGUUGACUUGGGGCCUCUGAGCUUUGGCGACACCGUUGUUAGCGGUGGCGCCGGCAGCGGCGGCAGCGCUGAUACGAAUACGGCAUUCUCCAUGCCGCUUGAUCUGUACGACACACCUGACGCUACCUUUACCUCGGGAGGUGUUGGCAGUGGUGCUGUUGGCAGUAGCAUUCCUGCUGUUGCGACUGCCGUACACUACCCAGAUCUCCCAGCUGCCGCCGCCAGCACUGCCGCCAGAGAUCCCCUGGACCCUCUGAACGAUGCUAUCGCUCCGCCACCACUGCCGACGGCACCCUCUGCCUUUGCUGCCGCUCGCCAGCAACAACAACAGCAGCAGCAGCCGUCGCAGCUACCGCCAUUGUACGACUUCACCCGGGAAUUCAGUACGGCAGCUCUUCCCGUCAGCGAGGGCCCUAUGUCGAUGCUAUCAGCGGGAUCCGUGAUCGGAUCUGGCAGUCUACCAUCCAUGAUGCCGCCGCCGCCACCGUCGCCGUUGUCACAACCGUCAUAUGACGACACAACUGCCAUGACGGCCGCCGCCGCCGCCGCCUCGUCGGCGACUGGCGGCGCGGGGCCUUCGGGAUCCGCCCGGGCAUCGAUCAGUGGCGGCGGCGGCGGCGGAGGGCUUAUGUCGUACUCCGCCGCCUCAUUGCUUAGUAAUACGGUUUCCGUACAUUCCCCGCGCAAGGCAGUGGGCCCCUCACGCAUCCCGGGUCUAUCCGAGCCGUACAUCGUGUACGUGGUUACCUUCCGCGGCGCCUGCAGCUCCGAAACCAGUGUGGAGCGGCGCUUCCGGGAUGUGGUGGCGCUGGGGGAGCUGCUGGUGGCGCUGCACCCCGGCUGCUUCCUGCCCCCCCGGCCGCCCCGCAACGCCCUGGAGGGUCGCCGCAUGCAGCCGGGUUUCGUAGAGGAGAGGCGGGCGGGAAUCGAGCGCUUCCUGCGCAGGCUGGUGGUGCACCCCGUGUUGGGCCCCUCGGAGGCUACACAGGUGUGGCUGCGCGCCCCCACCUCCGACCUGCGCUCAUGGCCCCAGUGGACGCAGCUGCGACCCGCGGGUCACAACCCCGGGCUGGCGCGAUCCACCGUACGACUGCUGGUGCAGGUUGUGGGUCGCGAGGGGGUGGUCCCGCGCGACCCGCAGCAGGUGACACGGCCCGCUGCGGAGGCGGGGGACGUGCUGCGGCUGCUGCAUGAGCGGGCAGCGCAGAUGCGGGGCGUGUUGGGCAGGGUGCAGCCCUCCCCCUCGGAGGAGCGACUGCGGCAGGAGACUGCUACGAUGCAGGACCGCUCCGAAGCCCUGCUGGCCCUCAGUCGCCGUGCUGAUCACCUAGUGGGCCGGGCAGCCAAGAUGGCGGCAGUCGGCGGCGACUUGGCGGCGGCACUGGGGGCGCUGGCGGAGGCAGAUGGUACGGCAGCGGCGACGGCGGCGGCGGGAUCGUCAGCGGCAGCGGCAGCGGCGGCGCUGCGUGCAGCAUCAGAUGGCUGUGGCAAGGUGGGGAAAUUGUACGGCAUCGCCGCCGACGCCGCCGCCAAGCACCUGACGCCACUGCACGACUGGCUGGCGGCGGCGCCGGGUGCGAGUACAGCACUGGCGGCGCGGGAGGGCUGUCUGCUGACGCUGGCGACGCUAGAGGCGGAUGAGGCGGCGGCGCGGAGGCGGCUGGCGGAGGCGGAGGGGAGGGCCGCCGCCGCCAACGCGGGCCCGGCGGCGGUACGGAAGGUGGAGUCCGCACAGCACCAGGUAGCCCAGCUGGCGGCGGCGGUGGCGGCUGCACGACAAGAGUACGAACGAGUGGGGGCGCGCAAUACGGCAGAGCUGGCGGCGUUUAAAACCCAGAUGAGUCGGGAGCUGUCGGACGCCGUUCGGGAGUUUGUUGUCGUACAAAUGGCGGCGGCGCAAAAGGCCCAUGAGGUGUGGCACGAGACGGCAGCGACGUUGGUGACCGUUGCGGCGGCGGCGGCGACGGCGAGGUGACGAGUGUGAGAGGAUGAUGGCGACGGCGAGUGUGACGACGGAUGACGAGUGGUUGGCGACGGCGAGUGUGGCGGCGGCGACGAAGGGUGAAUGUGAGUGUGACGAGUCGUCGGCGGCGACGCGGUUCGGCGGAAAUGCCAAUGGAGGUCGCUUCGUCGGGUUUCAUUGUAGCAGCUUCCAGGCAGUCAUGCCGUUGCGGUCUUUAAGCCUUGGCUUUUAAGCCUUGGCUUUCAGUGCUAGUGGUUGGUUCUUGGAAAAGCAAUUACCUUUUGUAACUUUUGAGGACUUCACUUCUAUUGACGGUUGUCAGAAAUACAUGUUUUUGUUUCGAAGCCCUUUCAAGAGGUAGCAAAUGGUGUAGGUGUCAUCCCCCAUUGAAUGUAUGCGUAUAUGGAGAUGUAUGAAUAUGCUAGUGAUGUUUCAGACUACAUUGUUGGCCUACCCUAUCACCUCCAUGCAGCACAGUGUAGCCUAUGUGUUUUUCAGAUCAGGCGAAAUCCUAGUUAGGCCAUGCGUGGUAACUGAACUGCGACAUGGCCAUGUACGAAGUACCGGCAGUGGGCUAGGAGCCGCCUAACCAACAAAGCAAAUUGUUGGAUACCUGGAACUUCAAAUAAGCACUGGCUUUUUAUGCCUGCUGGCGUCCCGCCUCUUCCCUGUAACUAUGCUUAAAUCA